UGUGGAGUUACCGAAGUUGCCACAAAAUAAUACAUUGAGUCUACCCUAGCAUUUACUUGUCGCUCACAUGUGUCGGUUGUGUGCUGAACAUAUUUUCAUCUAUUUAUUGUGAAUAUUUAUUAACUUAUUAGUAAAAAUGAUUAUUUUCACGAACCAAGGCAAUCCAAACACGUUGAAGCUAAUUAUUGCAGCUAAAAUGGCUCGAGAAGCUAUCACUCUGAAUAUAUUGGAACCAAAUAGAAGCUUUGUAAGUCGUUUACCUGCUAUACAAUUAUCAUGCGGAUCAUACCUAUUUAGUACUAGUUCAGCAGUGCAACUCGCAGUACGUUUGCCUGAAGAAUCUAGGAUUGUAAAUAGCAAGUGGUUAGAGUGGGAUGUUACUCAGUUGCAGCCAGCUAUAGUAUACUGCGGUAAUACACCUAAUGCAGAUAAAUCUAGUUUGUGGGGUUUAUUAAAAUAUUUAAAUGAUGAAUUAGCAGAUAAUGAGUACUUAAUUAAGGAUGAGAUUCAUGGUUUAUCAUUGGCAGAUGCUUGCAUUUGGGUAACAAUAUGGUCUACUAUAUUAGUUACAGAGAUUGGACAAGAACUGUGUAAGGACUAUCCAUCUUUGAAGAAGUGGUCAUCAAAUAUUGAACUUUUGCCAGUUAUUCAAGACGCCCUUGAGGAAUAUGAAUUUGAAAGAGGUAGUAAAGCAAUUCUUAGUAUACAGUCUGGAAGCUGGUUCCCUGUUAAUAGCAGUACUUACUUACAAAACUGUAAACCAGCCCUAGCUAAAAUGAGUCCUGGUAAAGAGAAAGAAAAAGUUGUUGAAGCAGUUAGUGAAGAUGAAAUUCAAAAGGUUUCUAGUAAUUGGUCUUCUAAGCCAUAUCCAGCUGUAAAGAAUUCACCUUAUCCUAUAUUACCAAAGAAGGAUGAAAGAAAUGUUUUAAUAACCUCUGCAUUACCCUAUGUAAACAAUGUUCCUCAUUUGGGAAAUAUUAUUGGUUGUGUACUUUCUGCUGAUAUUUUUGCCAGAUACUGUAGACAAAGAAAUUAUAAUACACUUUUUAUUAGUGGUACUGACGAAUAUGGCACUGCUACAGAGGCCAAAGCUUUGGAAGAGAAAACAACACCACAAGCUAUAUGUGACAAGUUUUUUGAUAUACAUAAUGAUGUAUAUAGAUGGUUUAGUAUAGGAUUUAACUAUUUUGGUCGUACUACUACACCUCAGCAAACAGAGAUCGUGCAAUCAUUUUUUUCCAGUAUAAAAUCACAGGGAUUCGUGUUUAGCGAUACCGUAGAUCAACUUCUCUGUGAAUCUUGUGAUAGAUUUUUAGCAGAUAGAUUUGUAGAAGGUAUAUGUCCAAGGUGUCAUUAUGCAGAAGCACGUGGUGAUCAAUGUGAUGGAUGUGGUCACUUAGUAAAUGCAACAGAUUUAAUAGCUCCUCGUUGCAAAGUCUGUAGCAAUACACCAAUUGUUAAAAAGUCGGAUCAGUUUUUCUUAGAUUUACCUAAGUUAGAAGAGAAGCUAAAAGAUUGGUCCUCAGGUGUGGAAUUAGGGUGGUCGAAUGUUGCUAAAGUAGUUGCUAAGCCAUGGUUACGUGAUGGACUGAAGCCGCGUUGUAUAACGAGAGACUUAAAGUGGGGAAUACCUGUACCAGAGAAAGGUUUUGAAAAUAAAGUAUUCUAUGUUUGGUUCGAUGCACCGUUUGGUUAUAUCAGUAUUACGAAGAGAUAUACUAAAGAUUAUGAACAGUGGUGGAAACCUACAGAUGCAAGGGUUGAUUUAUAUCAAUUUAUGGCAAAGGAUAAUGUUCCCUUCCAUGCAAUAAUGUUCCCCGCUUGUUUACUAGCAGCUAACCAGGGUUAUACGUUAGUGAAACAUUUAAUGGCGACAGAGUAUUUAAAUUAUGAAGAUACAAAAUUCUCUAAAUCGAGAGGAAUUGGAGUAUUUGGCACUGAUGCCAGAGAUACGGGUAUACCAGCUGAUGUUUGGCGAUUUUAUCUAGCAUACAUUAGACCAGAAACCCAAGAUUCUAAUUUCAAUUGGGCGGAUUUAGCAACCAAAAACAACAGUGAAUUAUUAAAUAAUUUUGGAAACUUUGUGAAUAGAGCUCUAAUGUUUGCGGAAAAAUAUUUCGAUUCCAAAAUUCCACCAAUGAUACUCCAGGAAGAUGACUUGAUGUUAUUAGCGUUAGCCCAACGCGAAUUGAAGUCCUACAUUCACACUUUGGAGCAAGCUAAACUGCGAGAUGGCUUGAAACAUGUAUUAGCCAUCUCUAAACAUGGAAAUCAGUUCAUGCAAUCCCAGCAGCCUUGGGUGAAAAUUAAAGGAACUGAUGACGAUAAAAAGAGAGCUGGAACAGUCAUCGGUGUGUGUUGUAAUUUAGCAUGUCUGUUGGCUGCACUAUUGGCUCCAUUCAUGCCUAAUACAUCACGGGAACUGAGGUCACAGUUAGGAUUGGAUAGCGCUAACUAUGGAUAUAUUCCUGACAUUAUUACGAAUAUGCUUCCGACGGGUCACAAAAUUGGCAAACCUUCUCCCCUCUUUAAAAAAAUUGAAGAUAAAGAUGUAGAGUCCUUAAGGAAGAAAUACGGUUCGAAACAGGAUAUUAAAAAUAAAAAUGGAGGGAAAAGUUGCGAACAAAAAUGUUUGGAAACUGUAAUAGCAGUGCAGGGUCAUAAAGUUAGAGAACUGAAAUCUAAAUAUGACAAGAGUGUUUGGCAACCUGAGGUUCAGGUUCUCUUAGAAAUGAAGAAGAGGCUUGCUGAUCUCAUAGGCGGAGGAAGUAAACCUUCCAAGCCUGCAAAAACUAGGAAGCCUGAAAAGGCGUCUGUACCUGAACAAACUCCAGAUGUCAGUCUAGUAGCUAUAGAUGCGGCUAUAAUUAAGCAAGGCUUUCUGAUACAUGAAUUGCAUAGUACAACAGAGAAAUCUGCAUGGCAGCCCAAAGUGGUGAAACUAUUGCAACUUAAAAGACAGUUAUUCAAUCUCACUGAAACACUUCGAGCACUGACUGAUAAAAAAGUUGAAAAGAAUUAAUUUAAUUGCUAGGCAAUGAACAUGCAUUUACCAUCGACGGAAAGCGAUCAUACUAUUUUAUAAUAAAAUCCCAUGCUUCAUUUUUUAUUAUCAUGCAACUUUUGUCAAAAUACAUUGAAAAUCAUAUGAUAUUCAUUUUUAAAUGGUGUAAUUGAUACGUUAUAUUUAAUAAAAUUAAUUUAUACAUCGCA